UCUCUAGCCUCGAUAACGGCUAGAUUGAUUUGCUACUCACUUCCUUUCUUGUCUGUUCUGCUUCUCCCAAACCCUCCCUCCUCUUCUCUCGCCACCUUGCCCGAAAAUCCCCUAAACCAGAAAUUCUCCGCCGCACUUCCCUCCCCGGCAGCGGAGAUUCUGGAUUCACUCUUCUCUCGACGGCGGCGUAACUAUCAAGAAUCAGAGAUGAAGCAUUUCAUGCUUCCCAGGAACCCGGUGUUGCGGGAAGCUACUAGCAACGAGGCUCCCACUCCUCCUCCUCCGCUGGCCUCUCUCAAAUCGAAGCCUCUUUCAGCUUCUCCUUCGCCGUCAGUUCCUCCCCGGCGACAGAAGCCGAACAAGGAGAAUGCACCGCCGCCGCCGCCGUCAGAUCUCAAUUCCGAUCUCAAGCAGCACCCGUCGCCUUCUCCCUCUCCGGCUUCUAAGAUCAGGAGUCCCCUCCCGCCCAAGCCUCCUUCCUCUAACCCGUUGAAGCGGAAGCUAAUUAUGGAUGGCGCUCAGGAUCCCACGCCUUCCGAUUCUGGAGUUCAGGUUGUUGUUAGAAUGCGUCCACUGAGUAAGGAUGAGGAAGGAGAAUUGACAGUGCAGAAGCUUUCCCAUGAUUCCCUCAGCAUCAAUGGACACAACUUCACCUUCGAUUCUGUUGCUGAUAUAGAGGCAACACAGCAAGACAUUUUCAAGCUUAUAGGAGCCCCUCUCGUUGAGAAUUGUCUAGCUGGAUUUAACAGUUCAGUAUUCGCCUAUGGACAGACUGGGAGUGGAAAGACAUACACUAUCUGGGGUCCUUCUAACAUCUUGUCAGAAGUUGGCUCCUCAAGUGAUCAACAAGGUUUAACCCCUCGUGUCUUCGAACGGCUCUUUGCCCGCAUAAAUGAGGCAAUAUUUCCACUCCAGGAGCAAAUCAAGCAUGCUGACAGGCAACUCAAGUAUCAGUGCCGGUGCUCCUUUCUAGAGAUUUAUAAUGAACAAAUUACUGAUUUGUUGGACCCAAGUCAAAGAAACCUCCAGGUAAAAUUGAGCAAAGUUCUUUCUUGGCAGAUAAGAGAAGAUGUAAAGUCUGGUUUGUAUGUUGAAAAUCUGACGGAGGAGCAUGUUUUCACAUUGAGAGAUGUAACUCGGCUACUGAUAAAGGGAUUAUCCAAUAGGAGAACAGGUGCAACCAGUGUUAAUGCAGAAAGUUCCCGCUCACACAGUGUCUUCACCUGCAUUGUUGAAUCCCGAUGCAAGAGCAUGGCUGAUGGCAAAAGCAGCUUAAAAACAAGUAGAAUAAAUCUUGUUGAUCUUGCUGGGUCAGAGCGACAGAAAUUGACCGGGGCUGCUGGGGAACGACUGAAGGAAGCUGGAAAUAUUAAUCGAUCUCUCUCGCAGCUUGGAAACUUGAUAAAUAUACUAGCCGAAGUGUCGCAGACAGGAAAACAGAGGCAUAUACCUUACAGAGACUCCAAGUUGACUUUCCUAUUGCAGGAAUCACUUGGAGGCAAUGCAAAAUUAGCAAUGAUUUGUGCUGUUUCACCCGCUCAGAGCUGUAAGAGCGAGACUUUUAGCACAUUGCGAUUUGCACAGCGUGCAAAGGCAAUAAAAAACAAAGCGGUUGUUAAUGAAGAAAUGGAGGAUGAUGUGAAUCAUUUGAGAGAAGUGAUACGGCAGCUAAGGGAUGAGCUUCACCGAGUGAAGGCAAACAAUACCAACCAAACAGGUUGGGAUCCUCACAAAAGCCUAAAUAUCUUGAAAAGCCUCAUGCAUCCACACUCUCUGCUCCCUAAAAUGGACGAGGAUAGUGACGAGGAAAUGGAAAUCGAUGAAGAAGCUGUUGAGAAGUUAUAUGCAGCAGUCUCUGAAUAUCAGCCUACCCGUAACAGCAGAUGUGCAAUACAAGAUGUUGAUAUGGAAGAAGGCACAUCUGAACAAGUUGAGGAUCGGAGUAUUUCUAUUGGAGGCUGCACUGAUCCUGCUGCUAGUACAACUCCAGAUACCAAUGAUAAUACUGCUGAUCACACUUCAAACGAAGUCUUGGAUCAUGCUGCAUUGACUGCCACCUCUGAUUCUCAACCCGGAGUCUCAACUGGAGCUGUGCUGCCGGUUCUCAAGUCACCUACUCCAAGUGUUUCACCCAAACUCACUGGCAGCAGGAAAAGUCUGAAGACUUCAUGCAUGUUGACUGCUUCUCAAAAAGCUUCUAUUGAUGGACGAGAGGCAUGCCAGGAGAAGUCAUUUGCUCUUGCAAAACCCAAAGAAAGUUCUUCAGCUCUGGCUACUAGCACAAGCAAAAGCGUUUUCGCAUCAACUGAUCAGUUGGCAGCGAGCAUCCAUCGGGGACUGGAAAUUAUAGACAGCCACCCAAGAAGUUCAGCUUUCAGGCGGUCGGCUUUUAGAUUUUCAUACAAACCUGCUGCAGAAACUCAGCCAAGCCUCAUCGUCGAAAAGUUUGAUGUUGGAGUCCAGACAAUGUCUCAUGAUUAUGAUCAGGUCGAGUACAUAUGCAAGAUAUGCAAGGGAAAAACAGAACCCGAGGUGGUAAAUGGCAUUGAUGACUGCUGCUCAAACCUUCAGUUGGUUCCUGUUGAGGGCUCAAACCUUCAGUUGGUACCUGUUGAAGGCUCAGGCUCUGCCGAAAAGUCCAAAAUGCUAGUCCCCAAGGCAGUGGAAAAGGUAUUAGCUGGAGCUAUCAGAAGAGAGAUGGCUCUUGAAGAGUACUGUGCAAAACAGGAUUCAGAAAUAAGGCAGCUUAACCGUCUGGUGCAACAAUACAAGCAUGAGAGGGAAUGCAAUGCUAUCAUUAGUCAGACAAAGGAGGACAAAAUUCUGCGCCUUGAGAGCCUUAUGGAUGGUGUCCUGCCUACAGAGGAAUUCGUGGAGGAAGAGUUUGCAUCACUCAUGCAUGAGCACAAGCUUCUCAAGGACAAGUGCGACAACCAUCCUGAAGUCUCAAGGCUGAACAUUGAGCUUAAAAGAGCCCAGGAAGAGCUGCAAAACUACCGGAAUUUCUGUGAUUUAGGUGAAAGAGAAGUUCUUUUGGAGGAACUUCAAGACUUGAGAAGCCAGCUACAGUUUUAUGUAGACUCCUCAUCAGCAUCUGCUCUUAAAAGGAGAUCGGUAUUGGAGCUGACGUAUCUGAAUGAACAACAGCCCAAUCUUGGCACAAUCCCAGAGUCUACUGAGGAUGGCGCUGAAGAGAUGCUCGAGUCUAGCGAGGAUGGUGCAGAAGAGAAGCUCGAACAAGAGAGAGCUCGCUGGACUGAAGCUGAAAGCAAGUGGAUCUCCCUUGCUGAAGAACUGAGGGCAGAACUCGAUGCCAACAGGACUCUAUCCGAGAAACAGAAGAAGGAGUUGGACAUCGAGAAGAAGUGCGCUGAAGAGCUUAAGGAAGCCAUGCAAAUGGCCAUGGAAGGGCAUGCACGGAUGCUCGAACAGUAUGCAGACCUCGAGGAGAAACAUAUCCUGCUUCUUGCAAGGCACCGGGACAUCCAGGAUGGAAUCGAGAACGUCAAGAAAGCAGCAGCUAGAGCUGGCGUGAAGGGUGCAGAGUCUAAGUUCAUCAAUUCACUCGCUGCAGAAAUUUCGGCAUUGAGAGUGGAAAGAGAGAAAGAACGGAGGUACUACAGAGAAGAGAUCAGAGCGCUUCAGGCUCAACUGAGAGAUACAGCCACUGCUGUACAGGCUGCAGGGGAGUUACUGGUGCGGCUCAGAGAAGCUGAAGAAGCUGUUGCUCUUGCUCAGGAACGUGCUACGGGGGCAGAGUUGGAAGCUGCAAAUGCGGCGAAGAAGAUCAAGAAGUUGAAGACCAAGCAUGACGAAGAGAUCGUGUCCUGGAAGAUGCUUCUGGCUGAGUCACGUCUACCUAAAGAGGCCAUACCACCUCCAGAUUUGCCAGAGCCAGAGUUGUGUUCUCCUUCCACGGCCAAGUACGAUGAAGGCGAAGAAUGGAGGGAGGAGUUUGACACAUCCUCGUGGUUCUCGGGGUACGAUCGCUGCAACAUAUGAACGCGGUGGUCUCAGUGUGUACAGGUGUAGUAGAAUUGACGAAUGCAUCGUCAGUACUGCAAUGUAUGUUUGUUGUUUACUUGGUCAAUAGCUGGUGGUGGUUACUUCUCGUCACCAUUCUGUGAGGGUUUUGAGAACCACCAAUUACAGAACAUUGUCAGCCCUUUUACUGUACUGCAAGUUACAAACAAGAGUCUCUGAUAAUGCAGAGAGUAUUUCUCUUACGAUUUACUACAACCUUUCACUGAGCACAACCAUAGACUUGUGCUAGAAAA